AUGGCGUUCACUGAGCUCUUGGAGCAGGCAGGGGGCGCGGGCCUCUUCCAGGCCCUCCAGAUCCUCACUUUCUUCCUCUUCUAGGUCUGGGUGCCAUUCCAGUUAGUUGUGGAGAACUUUUCAGCCGCCGUCUCAGGCCACCGCUGCUGGGCUCACCUGCUGGACAACGGCUCCAAGGCUCCCACCAACCUCAGCCCCGAGGCCCUCCUGCCCGUCUCCAUUCCGCUGGGCCCCAACCAUGGGGCCCCCAAGUGUCUCCGCUUCCCACCACAGUGGCAGCUCCUGGACCCCAACGCCACGGCCGCCAACUGGAGCAAGGCCGACACAGAGCCAUGCAUGGACGGCUGGGUCUACAACUGCAGCGCCUUCACCUCCACCAUCGUGACUGAGUGGGACUUGGUGUGCGACCACCAGGGCCUGAAGCCCCUAGGCCAGUCCAUCUACAUGGCUGAGGCCAUGGUAGGAUGCAUCGUCUGCGGCUUCCUCUCCCACCGGUUUGGGCGGAAGCCAGUUCUGAGCUGGUGCUGCCUGCUGGUGGUCAUGGCCAGCAUCAGCACCGUCGUUGCCCCCAGUUUCCCCGACUACUAUGGCCUCCGGUUUCUGAGCGCUGGGCUGUCUGGCAUCCUCCUGACCUCCGCGAUGCUCAUGGUGGAGUGGACCAUGACCAGCAUGAGGGCCAUCACCAUGGCGAUCCUGGGGUCCACCUACAGCAUCGGCCAGAUGGCCGUGGGCGGCCUGGCCUUCACCCUGCGGGACUGGCGAACCCUCCAGCUGGCCAGGUCAGUGCCUUUCUUUGUCAUCUUCCUGAUAUCCUGGUGGCUGCCAGAAUCCGCCUGAUGGCUGAUUAUCAUAGGAAAACCAGAUCAAGUGCUUCAGGAACUCAAAAAGGUGGCCAAGAUAAAUGGUCACAAGGAAGCCCAAAAGACACUGACCAUAGAGGUACUGAUGUCCAGCAUGCAGGAGGAGGUGGCCUCUGCGAAGUCCCGCCAGUCAGUGCUGGACCUGUUCCGCCUGCCCGGGCUCCACGGGAGAACCUGCAACCUGUUGGUGGUGAAGUAUGCUGUCCUGUCUUCUUCCUCACCCGUCUUGUACUAUGGGAUAGUCCUCGACCUGCAGAACCUGGGGAGUGACAUCUUCCUCCUCCAGGUUCUUUUCAGAGCUGUGGACCUCCUGGCCCGGGCCAUCACCACCUUCCUGCUCAGGUUCUUCGGCCGCCGCACGACCUUGGCCAGCUCCCUGGCCAGGGCUGGCCUUGCCAUUUUGGCCAACGUGCUGGUCCCGCAAGACCUGCAGACCCUGCGUGUGGUCUUCGCUGUGCUGGGACAGGCGUGUUUUGGACUCAGCUUAACCUGCAUCAAGAUUUACAAGCCGGAACUCUUCCCAACUUCACUGCAGGAGAUAAUAGCAGAAGGCUUCUUGCACUCAGCAGCUCAGCUGGGGUCUGUGAUGGGCCCGCUGUUCAGGACAACCCCCCAGGUCCUGCCCCUGCUGCCCCCGCUCUCCUACUGCAUCCCCAUCGCGGCCAGCCUCAUUGUCCUCUUCCUCCCGGAGACCAGGGGUCUUCCACUCCCUGACACCAUCCAGGACCUGGAGAGACAGAGGUCAGCAGCAGCCAGGGGUGGCCAGCAAGAGGUGGUCAUUACGGAAAGCACCUGGUUUUAG